CCACACCACACCCAUGGCCUGCAACAACAUCUGCCGUCCCUGCGGACCCACCCCGCUGGCCAACAGCUGCAACGAGCCCUGUGCCCUGCAAUGCCAGGAUUCCCGUGUUAUCAUCGACCCUGCCCCUGUGCUGAUCACCCUGCCAGGACCCAUCAUGACCUCCUUCCCCCAGAACACCGCCGUUGGAUCCACCUCCUCGGCUGCCGUGGGCACUGAACUCAGUGUGCAGGGACAGCCCAUCUCUGGUGGAUUUGGUGGCUUUGGUGGCUUUGGCUAUGGCCUUGGCUAUGGCCGUGGAUUUGGCUAUGGGCUGGGCUGUGGCUAUGGGCUGGGAGGCCUGGGCUGCUAUGGCAGAAGGGGUGGCUACAACUGCUGAGGGCCCUCGGCACCACUCCUGACACCAACCUUCCACUCCCUGGAACACAUCUCAGAUGCUGUGGAUGCCUCUCUAGGCCAAAGCUGUCAACCAGCUCAGGGCCUCCAGCUCCUGCUCUCAGGUCUCAGAACAAGACAGUAGCCAAGGGGCCAGUGUGGGCUGCCCUGGCAACAUGGCCCACCUGCCUCCUCCUCUUCUGCCAGUCUCUUUCAGCUAUGUCAAGUCCCCUCUGCUUCAAAUCCCUUCUCCGAAGACAGAGACCCUCAGGAACCUUCAUCAUCGGGUUGCUUCUACUGCAAAGAAGGAAAGCCUUGAUGCUCUGUCCUAACCACCUGCAAACAAAGGACUUUGGCUGAUGGUUGCCCUACUUCCACCUCAGACCAUUUC